UCCGUCGAGUUUAGUUUCGCGCCAACCAUCGCCUCGUUCGGUUCUCAUAUUUUAUUUUGCGCACUCGGUUUGCACAUUUUGCUCUAGUGAUCAAUCAACAGCCGACCAAACCUCAUCGUUCAACAAUCAGUGACCCAUCCGCGUUCGAGUGUGACUUUUAAAUAGGCAUUUAAAUAGUGAUUGUGUGUGGUUAAAUCGAAAUCCGCAAAGCGCAGGCUAAUCGAAAUCCGCAAGGAAACAAGUGCCAGUGAAUUGAAAUAUCGAAAGGAACCUCCCAGAAAAUCCAACAGGAACAAUGGCCGUUAGUCGAUUGUCGAUGCUGAAAUUCCUAGAACUGGCACUCACCAUCAGCUGUGUGGUGUUGCACUACAAAAGCUUGGGUGAAUCCGAUGAGAUGACCGUCCUCCUCGUGGCCGGAACCUUCGUUGGAUACACCAUCAUUCUUGUCGGUCUUUUCGCUGGUCACCUCCUCGGCAACCCGAUCAACAAGAAGAUCGACCUGUUCUUCAGUCUGCUGGGAUGCGCCAUGUUCAUCGCCUCCGGCGUGCUGGUCCUGCAGGCCUGGGAGAGUGGCUUCAAGACCGAGCGCCGCCGGCUGGCCAUCUCCAAGGGAGCGUUGGCCAUCAUUAACGGAGCCGUGUUCUUCAUCGAUUCCAUCUUCACGUUCAGAGAUUAAAACCAAACAACGAUAAAAGUUCGAUGAAAAACCAAAAGCCAAAAAGAACGCAGAAGCCACCGCAAGAAGUUAUACGUCGACAGAGACGGCGGAAGAAAAAGAGAUUUGAAUCUCGUCUAAUGACUUUUGUUUUUGAGUAACUAAGACGUGUUAUUCGUACUAGGAUUAAGGUUAAGUUUUAAUUUUUUCUACGAUAUUUAUGAACAAAGGACGUAAUUUGAAAUUACCUUAGGGAUACGAGGUAGCACAGUUUUGAAUAACCCUUUUCCCACUGUGCAUCGACACAUUAAUAGUAGUAUGUGUGAGAUCUAUGUCAGUAAGCUUACCGAAUCAGAAUAAGCUCUGCGUCGAAACGCCACCUGGCGUUCGAUGGCAAAGGCAACCGGCAAACUACGUGUUUGAAACCCGCAGAUGUCAGCAGCGUUCCGAGUCAUCUAUGUUAGCCAUGAAAGUCAGUCAUUCACAUCACAUUAUCCUGCUUAAUUUAAAGACGGUAAAUCUGCUCUUGUAAAGUUUUUACAAUAAAACCGAAAUAUAAAACGUCCGAUUAUUGGA